GCAGACAUAGUAGUAGAAAAAGGCGAGGGCGGAGAAUACAGUGCGUGUGCGUGUUUUUAUUUCGAUCCGAUUCAUUAAGUUCGCUGUGUGCGGUGGCGUCGCCCGUACAAUUGGCCCUGUUAUUAUGUGAACGCGAGUAUUAUGCGUAUAAUUUUAAGUAAAAGUUUGUUUCGCGAGACGCAUAACCGUGUAUAAUCGUGCGUGACCCUCUCAAAAGGUGUUGCGCCUUCGCCGAGAGGAACAAUCUGAAAAUAAUAAUAAUGGCACGUUCGAAACAUCGCGCGAGCGUCGACGUCUGUGCCGAUUGCGGCUCUCCUGAGCCAGCAUGGGCUUCUGUAAACAGAGCUAUUUUACUUUGUGACGAGUGCUGCAGUAUACAUAGAAGCUUAGGAAGACAUGUUUCAUAUAUCAAAUCAUUGACAAAAGGAGUUUGGAGCACAAAUAUGUUAAACAUGGUUCGAACUUUAAAUGAUAAUGGAGCCAACAGUAUUUGGGAGCAUUCUCUUUUAGAUCCCAGUAAUUCUAAAUUUAGCAGAAGAAAACCUCAGCCAAAAGAUCCAUUACAUCCCGUAAAAGCAGAUUUCAUUAAAACAAAACAUCAAGAAUUAAAAUUUGUUUUACGGUCGUGUAAGGAAGAGUCUUGUAGCGAAGAGGAACUAAGCAGACAAUUGCACAGCAGCGUUCGCACAGGAAAUUUAGAAACAUCUUUACGCCUUCUUGCACAGGGGGCCAAUGCAAAUUAUUUUUAUAAGGAAAAAGGCACUAUGCCCCUGCACGUUGCGGCCAGAGCGGGUCAAGCUCUUCAGUUGGAGCUACUCGUAGCCAACGGAGGCAAUCCAAGUAUAGUAGACUCAAAUGGACAGACUCCGGCUGAAGUGGCAAAGCUGGCAGGCCAUUUAGAUUUGGCAGAAAGACUUAUAGAGUGCAUGUACGAAGUUACGGAUAAGUUGACCUACUUUCUCUGUAAUCAAAAACCUGAUCAUAAGUCUGGUGAGCAUCUGAUCAUUCCUGAGUGGGCCGCUACUUUGGAGAGAAGCGAAUUAGCUUUUGAAGCAAGAAACAAAUUACAAAUGUUGUCAAAUCAUUUAUUGGAAGAGCUCGCAUCCGAUGUUUAUGAUGAAGUUGAUCGUAGAGAAACGGAUGCCAUUUGGCUAUCAUCCGCAACUCUUCCCGAAAGGUGUAUAGUACCAUUUCUACCCAUUCACCCUCAACUUUCUUCUACGCGCAAUCAAGGCCGUCAGAAAUUAGCAAGAUUCACUCCCAAAGAAUUCGCCACACUCAUUAUUGAUAUUCUCACCGAAGUUGGUCACAGGCACACCGUGGCUAAUAGUACGCCUUUACAGGAUCCCGUCGUCUCCACAUUGCGUAAAGAGCAAGUAGGAAAGUAUGGAUCGCAGAUGUCGGAUGAUGAACCUCUGUACGACAGCGUUGCCUCGGACGAUGAUUACGCGGCUCUCGCAACGGAUAGCACAGCUCGAUUACCUUCCUCAAUGAUGACCGAUAACGAAAAGGCAUUGGCCCCAAUGGCAAAAGGCUUGCCAUCGGUUGUCGAAGUCUUAAAGAAACAACUGACAUUAUCCGAAUCAACAGCAAGAGAUCUCAGGGAGGAAGUUCGACGCCUUCAAACAACUGUUGAACAGUUAAUGCUAGAAAAUCGAGAAUUAAAAAGCACGAUUCAAGCUCAAACCAAAGUCAAAGCACCGCCAGAAAGAAUAAUAAAUGGUCAUAUCGAGGAGCAUGACCCUGAAUUAGAACCAGUUCUAGAUAUUAAGGCUUAUUCGACGCCGAUCAAAAACUGUCAACGACCAGCAUCAAUGUACGAAACUCGAGAGGGUCUCAGAAAACCACCAAGCUUUAUGAAUCAAACGAAAAGAGAGUCGGAAGGACUGCCGCGACCUUGCACGACGCAGGGUUUGUGGGAAUGCGGAGCGUCUAGUCUGCCGCCGAGCGAGGAAGUGACGAGGCGAACCGAGCAGGUCACGAGGCGUAUACAGGAGUUGUGGAUGGCAAUGCAGGAUCCGGCCCAUAGGGAGGCCUUCGUCCCCUGUGCUGAGCGCAUUCGCGUUGCCGUCGCCGAGCUCGCCGCCAUUUUCCCCCAGAAUCCAGUCGAUGACAACAUUAGAUCCGCAUUACGGCAACUCAAUGGUAAUACGGGUAGAUUACAAGCGGAGUGCACUGCCCUUCAAAGAUGUACCAGUGAUAUAGAUCAUAUGGAUCUCUGCCUUCAACAAGUUCGUUCCAGUGCCUACGACAUUGCCAAAGCCACCAAGCUCCUUGUCACGCAGUUUCAAAUAUCAUAAUUAUUAAUGGAUUACUCGCAUUAUAAUCGGCAUUAUUGUCUCCUACACACUGCCACGGUCUCGCAAUGAAGUUUACAAUUUUAUUUUGAAUCGGAUUUAAUUUAUAGAAGUUUUACGGUUGUCGAACUCCAUUGCGCAUCGUAUGUAUUGUUACAAUGCGCGUAGGUGCCUAUGUACUUACGCGCGCAGAUAUUAAUCGGGAGGAUUGUACGAAGCUUUACCGAGUCGUUAAUAUUAAUGUAAUACAGUACCCGUGCUUCAAUAGAACAUUUUAUGGCUUUUAUCCACUAUAGAAUCAUUAAAGUGGACGAGUUUCCAAAUUAUUACUCUAUUGGACUAACUGUAUUCUGUAAAUAUUUGUGUAUAUUCAUUGAGAGAAAUAUUUUUUAUUAGGAUCAAAGACGACUUAUUGAUCGUAAUUUGUUAUAACCAGUUGCCUGCUGAAGGUAUCACCAAGACUGAAUCAAUAUUUUCUUAAUCAUCAUUUUCGUAUUGUUUUUCUCAUUAUCUCCGCCUUCAAUGCCAAGAUUAUCGAGAUUUUCGAUGGAGUAU